CAGAGGAGCUACGGGACAGGUCUGCGUGGGCCUGGGUGCCUGACUUCGAGGCAGCUGGGAACCUAAACCUUCGUUACCUUCUUGCCGAGCCUUAAGGGGACAGUGGGCUCUCAGUCAGUGCGGCUCUUGGGCAGACCCAUCCCCCACCCUCCCCAGGCCCAGGUAUGACUGACUCACAGCAUCCGUCCUGCACCAGCACCGUCACCUCCUUUCCUGGACAUUUACCACGUUAGUGGCAAUGCACCAAGGGCUGUAGACGUGUUUUCUCAGUCAGUCUGCACAACAGCCUUAGGAGGCAGAUGUUCCUGGUGGGGCUGACAGGGGGCAUUGCCUCAGGCAAGAGUUCGGUGAUCCAGGUGUUCCAGCAGCUGGGUUGUGCGGUGAUUGAUGUGGACGUCAUUGCCCGGCAUGUCGUCCAGCCAGGAUACCCCGCCCACCGGCGUAUCGUGGAGGCCUUUGGCACUGAGGUCUUGCUGGAGAAUGGCGACAUUGAUCGAAAGGUCCUGGGGGACCUGAUCUUUAACCAGCCCGACCGGCGGCACCUGCUUAACUCCAUCACCCACCCCGAGAUCUGCAAGGAAAUGAUGAAGGAGACCUUCAAGUUCUUCCUCCGGGGAUACCGCUACGUGAUUCUGGAUAUCCCCCUGCUGUUUGAGACCAAGAAACUGCUCAAGUACAUGAAGCACACAGUGGUGGUAUACUGUGACCGAGACACGCAGCUGGCCCGGCUGAUGCAGCGGAACAACCUGAACCGCGACGACGCAGAGGCCCGGAUCAAGGCCCAGCUGCCCCUGAAGGACAAGGCCCGCAUGGCCCGCCACGUUCUAGACAACUCGGGCGAGUGGCGCGUCACCAAACGCCAGGUGGUCCUCCUGCACGCCGAGCUGGAGCGCUCCCUGGAGUACCUGCCACUGCGGCUCGGGGUCCUCACGGGGCUGGCCGGCAUCGCCAGUCUCCUCUACCUGCUCACCCACUACCUCCUGCCUUCCCCCUAGGGGGACCCUGCAAGGCAGGAAUUCCUGGGUCUCCACCUCCUCAGAGGCUGAAACCGGGUAAUGAGUGCAUCCGGUUUCCUCCCAACCCCUCAACACACACACUCUGGAUCUGGGCUGGAGCCCUGCACUGGGCCGACCCUUCCUCGGAGCACAUCCUGUCCAAGGCAGAGAAACAGCGCUCUGUCAGCAGAUGCUCCUUCCCACCUCCCCCAGCGCCCCUCCCUCUGGAACAGUGUCCAUCACGGGGUGUGGAAGCCACUAUGGUAGACUCUUGUAACUUGUGGGCGGGGGUGAGGAGCACUUUCAGUGGCCGUCACCAGUGUUUAAAGCUGGGAGGGUCCCUGGGCUUGAACCCUCUCCUAGCACGUGCCCGGUCACGGCCAAAACCCCCUGUGUGGACCAUGGGAAAUCACUUUGGACCGAGGGCUGCCUUCAAGCAGGAUUCCCCUGUAGAUUGAAGCCCUUGGCCAGGAGGCAGUAACAAUUCCCUUGUGGAUGAUGCUGUAGCGGGGCAGAGGCCAGGCCUCUUCUGGGAUGACCCUCUGUCCCACCAUGGCAUUUCCCUAGCACUCCCCACACCCUGCUCCCCCUCCUCCUACCACUACCUCCCGGAGCUCUUGCUAGUCUGCACGUGGUGCACCAGGCUGUCUCUGGCCUCUUUGCCUUCACCUUGCUGCUCCCCAAUCUGGAAAACCUUUUUUUUCCCUACAACUGGCUACCUUCCAGCUCAGGCACCAUCUGAAGCCCCAGGCUGGGUUAGGUGCUCUGGGGUACCCCCCACCCCACAUUUUACCUGAAUCCACAGUAUAAUAAUCAGCCAAAAACUGGUUAGUCUCUCCUACUAGACUGUAAGCCCUUUGAGGGCAGGAACUGUGUCUUAUUCAUCUGUGUUCCUGGCGUAGAGCCUCACUCGCCAUUGGUGCUGAA